GUUUUGUAAAUAAAAAUCUUUUGCAUUUUCAGAUUAGUUAAUAUGGGUGACAGGCCUAAACCUAAGAUGACUGAUGAGGAGCGGAAGAAGAUGGUGGAGAAAAUGGACCAGGACCUUGAAGAACAUUUUAGAAAGCUUGAGGAGAAGGCGAAGGAGAGGGAGGGAAGGCGGAUGGAGGGAGGGUUCACAGAGGAGAAUUGGGAGGAGGAGAUGGCAGCCCAUCCUUUCUUCAACCAACAGUGGAAGGAGGGGGAGGAACUCUCACCGCUCAUGAAGGGUAUCCAAGAUCUGAAAUAUUCCCCGGAUGAGAACAGUCCGCUAGAGCUAGCGCAGAAUUACAAGGAGGACGGAAACUUUAAUUUCAAAUGUAAAAAAUACAGAUUUGCUAUCGCGAGCUAUACAGAGGGUUUAAAGUCCAAAUGCGAAGAUAACCUUUUAAACACUCAACUUUUGACCAAUAGAGCUGUUUGCCAAUACCACAUUAAAAAUUAUAGAUCAUGUUUGAAAGAUUGUGAUGUCGCCAUAGAGCUGACUCCAACCCAUAUGAAGGCAAUAUUGCGAGGAGCACAGGCAUCGUUUCAGCUUAAGCAGUAUCCGCUCUGUUUGAUUUGGUGCGAUCGUGGAUUGAAAUUGGACCCUAAAGAUGCGGACUUAAUUAAAUUGAGGUCUGACGCAGUGCGUAUCUCGAAGGAGCAAGAGCGCGACGAAAGAAAACGUACAGCUGUGGAGAAGAAAAAGAAGGAAGAAGAACGGAAAAUUUUAAAUGAAAUUAAAUCCAAGGGGAUUAAGGUGGAAAAAAUUAAAGGAAAUGAAUUAAGUUUGGCGGAUUUUGAGCCCUGUCAUCCAGCUGCAAUCCAUAAACCUGUACAUAUGGAUUCCGGGACAGGUGAGCUUGUGUUUCCUGUACUGUUCUUGUACCCAGAGUUUGGAGAAACCGAUUUUGUUGAAGAGUGGAGAGAAUCAGAGACGUUGGAACAGCAUAUACAGGAGAUGUUUGGAGAUUCUGCGGAGAGGCCACCUUGGGAUACUGAGAAGAGGUAUGUGCCGGCUAGCCUUGUUGUGUACUUGGAGUCCUAUGACCAGAAGCUACUGGAGAUAUCAACGUCUUCAACUCUUCUCUCUGCUAUCACUAAACCUGGAUUCCUUCUCAAGGCUGGAACUCCUAACUUCAUCGUGUUUGUCCGGAAUUCGAAAUCCCAUAUAAAUUUUAUCAAUAGAACCCAGUGACCCCCGAACAGGCCACCUUAUAAACUUUUAUAUUUUUUCAGA